GUUAGUCUUCAUUUUGUUUUCGUUGCGCGCGGUAUUCGUGUCGCUCAACAGCUGCUGCACUGUUGUCCUAACUUAAGAACUAAACUGCUAACAAAAUCAAGAAAUAAUUAACAUAAAGUAAUUAUUAAACAGCAGCAGCUUGCAACUAAAGUCUCGGCGCAAGUGGUUGGCACACAUAUUGCAAAGUGUUAUUAGCUUUUUUUUACGGUUCUGGUGUCUAGUGUAAAGAGUUUGUGGUGUUCCUUGGCUUUUUUGUUGUUGGCCGUUUUUUUUUUUUUUUUUUUUUUUUUUGUUUUUUGUUUUUGGAAGAUGCGCGGGCGCAACUAAAAGGCGUCAAAAUAUUGAAACCGCUGCAUCAUCAAGAAGCCGAAAACGGCGAAAGAGAGAGGGAGUGUGUGAGCGAGAGAGGGAUAUAGAGAAAAAAAAAAAAAAAACAAAAUCUAUUGAAAAUAAAAACAACGUCAACUUCAACGUUGCAACGUCUUCGUUUGCUUUUGGCCCUUGAACUUGGCAGACCGUUGGAGAGCAGCCGCUCGGCGGCGGCGGCGACGGCAGCCGCAUGGAUCAUGCCGUCAAGGCGACGCGCGGCCGCCCGCUCAACACGCUGCGCUUCGAGAACGAUGAACUGGAAUGCCUCUAUCAGCGCUACACCCUCAAGCUGCAGCGCUUCUCCGUGCUGGGCGUCGUCGCACUGGUCCUGGUCCUCUGCGGUGUGAUGGCCGCCCUGUCCCUGGCCUUCAACAAUGCGGCCACCUUUCAUAACAUCUUCAACUCGAUUUUGUGUGUGCUCUUCGCCGUUGUGCUGGUGCUGCUGCAAUGCUCGGUGAUCAAGGAUCACCACUUGCCCACGCUGUGCUAUGGCAUCCUGCUGUUCACGGCCAGCAUUUGCAUAGUCUCGAUGCCGACGGUGGGCCGCGCCUUUCCAGUGGACACCAGGGAGGUGAUGGCCGAGGGCGUCUGGCAGAUAGUGUUUGUCGUCUUUCUGGCGUAUGCCAUGAUGCCGCUGCAGAUCUGGGAGGCAGUCGCCUUUGGCAUUUCGCUGCCAUCGGUGCACAUCAGUAUCACGGUCUACAUGAUAUUUACGGGCGCGUUGCGAGGCCUGGAGUAUACUCAGCUGAUUGCCAACAUUGUCAUCUUUAUUGGCGUGAACGUGGCUGGCCUCGUGGUCAACAUCAUGAUGGAGCGCGCCCAGCGCCGGGCGUUCCUCGACACGCGCAACUGCAUCGCGGCACGUCUGGAGAUUCAGGACGAAAAUGAGAAACUGGAACGACUGCUGCUCUCGGUGCUGCCCCAGCACGUGGCCAUGCAGAUGAAGAACGACAUUCUGUCGCCAGUGGCGGGCCAAUUCCAUCGCAUCUACAUACAGAAGCACGAGAACGUGAGCAUUCUCUUUGCGGACAUAGUCGGCUUCACUGUGCUCUCCUCUCAGUGCAGCGCCCAGGAGCUGGUGCGGCUGCUCAACGAGCUCUUCGGUCGUUUCGAUCAGCUGGCGCAUGAUAACCACUGCUUGCGCAUCAAAAUAUUGGGCGAUUGCUAUUACUGUGUCUCCGGCCUGCCGGAGCCUCGCAAGGAUCAUGCCAAAUGCGCCGUGGAAAUGGGACUCGAUAUGAUCGAUGCCAUUGCCACCGUCGUAGAGGCUACCGAUGUCAUCCUGAACAUGCGCGUGGGCAUCCACACGGGCCGUGUGCUCUGCGGCGUCCUGGGGCUGCGCAAGUGGCAGUUCGAUGUGUGGUCCAAUGAUGUCACGCUGGCCAAUCACAUGGAGUCCGGCGGCGAGCCGGGCCGAGUGCAUGUGACGCGCGCCACCCUCGACUCGCUGUCGGGCGAGUACGAGGUGGAGGCGGGUCAUGGCGAUGAGCGCUCAUCGUAUCUGCGGGAUCACGGCGUGGAUACGUUCUUCAUUGUGCCGCCGCCGCACCGACGCAAGCCCCUAAUGCUAAACACGCUUGGUGUACGCUCGGCGAUCGGUAGUCGGCGCAAGCUAUCAUUUAGAAACGUCUCGAACGUGGUCAUGCAGCUGCUGCACACCAUCAAGUUCUCGGAGCCGGUGCCGUUCUCCAACAUUGCCACCGGUUCGUUCCCAUCGGCGGCUGCCGCCCUGGGCGGCGGCGCGGCACGUGGCAGUAGCACCGAUGCGACCGCUGCCAGUGUCCAGGUGUCGGAGAAGGGUUCGCGCAAGGUAAUACGUCUACAGAAAAUCUUGCAUGCUACCCCGCCACCGCACGGCAUCGGCUAUGGCAGCGUCGUCGGCAGCGGCGGCAGCGGCGACGGCGGCGGCGGGGCGGGCAGUGUUCAAGUGACCGUAGGCACAAGUCCCAAUUCAACAGCGAGUACGAUUAGUCGCAUACAUAGGCACAAUCACAAGAACAAUAAAUCACAGUCGAAAGUCGCGGACAAGUUCAAGCGACCGUUCCGCAAACGUCACUCGGUGGCCGCCCAUCAUCAGCCGACGAAUCGGGUGAAUCGCUUCCUCUCCCAGGCCAUAAAUGCCCGCUCCGUGGACUGUGAUAAGUCGGAGCAUGUGGAUCGAUUGACGUUGCGCUUCCGGCAGAGCGACAAGGAGCGCGAAUAUCACAAGGACUUCGAUCUGGGCUUCACCACGGCCAUGGGCUGCUCGCUGCUGUUGCUAAUACUGGGCGCCGCCUUGCAGGUGACCGCAUUACCCCGCACCCUCAUCCUGCUGCUGUUGUUCCUCACGGCCUUCAUUUGGGUCAGCGCCAUACUGAUGCUCCUGCUGGCCGUUCGCCUAAAGUGGAUCAUCUGGGACAUAUCCGAGAGCUUCUCGCUGCGAAUGGCCAUCACAAUAUUCACGAUUAUACUCAUCUAUUCCGUGGGCCAGGUGAAUGUGUUCACCUGCGUGUCGGAUCAUCCCUGCUGGGAUAAUGGAACCUAUGUGGACGUCCAGCCCCUGGACUCGCAAGGACUUGAUAUGUCACCGCUGAUUAGCAAACAGAACGACUCCCAUCGCAAGUGCUCCUUGCCGCAGUACGUCUCACUAUCGGCGGCUUUUGCUUUUCUCUCCGUAUCCGUGUUUCUCAGAUUGCCGAUUAUAUUCAAGUCGCUGCUCGUGCUGGGCAUGGGCACCAUCUAUGGCCUGUUCAUUGAGCUGUCGCAUCAGAACAUCUUUGAUUGCUACGACAGUCGUGUCAAAGCAUCUAUUCCGCUUCAUUUGAUCUCAUUGGCGCGCAUUGUCAUCUUUAUGAUUGCGAUAUUGGUGCACGGACGGCUGGUGGAGGGCACCGCCCGGCUGGACUUCCUCUGGCAGCUGCAGGCCUCGCAGGAGAAGAAGGAAAUGGAUGUGCUGCAGGAGUCGAAUAAGCGCAUUUUGCACAAUUUGCUGCCCGCUCAUGUGGCUGCACAUUUUCUCGAUGCGCAAUUUCGUAAUAACAUGGAGCUCUAUCAUCAGAGCUACGCCAAGGUGGGCGUCAUAUUCGCCAGUGUGCCGAACUUCAAUGAGUUCUAUACUGAGAUGGAUGGCUCGGAUCAGGGGCUGGAGUGUUUGCGCCUGCUCAACGAGAUAAUUGCGGACUUUGAUGAGCUGCUCAAGGAGGAUCGCUUUCGGGGCAUUGACAAGAUCAAGACCGUGGGCAGCACCUACAUGGCUGUGGUUGGCCUCAUACCCGAGUACAAGAUUCAGCCCAACGAUCCCAACUCGGUGCGGCGUCACAUGACGGCGCUGGUCGAAUACGUCAAGGCGAUGCGGCUCUCCCUGCAGGAGAUCAAUAGUCACUCCUACAAUAACUUUAUGCUGCGCGUGGGCAUCAAUAUUGGUCCCGUUGUGGCGGGCGUGAUUGGAGCCCGGAAGCCGCAGUACGAUAUCUGGGGCAACACGGUAAAUGUGGCGAGUCGCAUGGACUCGACCGGGGUGCCCGGUUACUCGCAGGUCACCCAGGAGGUGGUGGACAGCUUGGUUGGCUCGCACUUUGAGUUCCGCUGUCGCGGCACCAUCAAGGUGAAGGGCAAGGGCGACAUGGUCACCUAUUUCCUCUGCGACAGCAGCAGCAAUGCGCUCAAUGGCGAGGUGCGCAACGCUAUGAUCAGCAACCGGACGUCGGCGGCGAAUGAUACGCAGUCGGUGUCACAUGCUGGCGGCGGCCUGCACCCAGCCGAGUACUAUCAGAAGGCCUCACAGUUCCAGGAGAAUCGCCUCAAUACGGACACCUACAGCAAGAAGGAUAAUGGCCAUCUGUAUAAUGUGUGUGGCGGCGAGGAGCAGCAGCUGCUGCUGCAGCAUCAGCACCAACAGCCGCUGCCCGCACCACCCACACAGCACCACCAUCUGCAUCAGCAGCAGCAGCAGCGGCUCAACAGCAAGCUGCAGAAGCAGCCCAAUUUCAUGACCAAUGGGGGAUUGCCCAAUAUCCGGGAGAAUGGACACAAUGGCGAGAUGCACUAUGUGACCACAAAUAUGGCGCCAGCAACACUCACUGUUGCAGUGCAACAGCAACAGCAACAGCAGCAGCAACAACAGCUCCAACUCCAGCACCAGCUCCAGAUCCAGCACCAGCACCAGAUCCAGCACCAGCUCCAGAACCAGUCCAUUCCUUCGGUAAUGUUGCGCGAAUUCAAUAUAAUUGAGAAUCCGAAUACCGGUGGCAGGCAUCAACAGCUGCAGCAGCAUCAGCAGCAGCAACAGCAGCUGGAGCAAUUGCCGCCCGCGCAGCGGCCACAACAUGCCAAUAGUCUUGAUGGCGCUGCUGUGGUCGGUGUGCUGGGCGGUGAUUGCUUUAUGGUGCCGCGGCGCGAACAGCUGCGCAGCUAUGCGCCGCCGCCGGCGCUGCCCUUUAACCAGCAUGGCCAGCAUCACCCACUGCAUCAUCUGUAUCACCAGCAUCAGCAUAUGAAUCAGCUUCAGCCAUCGUCCUCCAGCCUGGGCUAUGGCCACUGCCGGGAGAGCGAGCCGCUAUUGCAUGCCAGCAGCGUCGCGCCGGUAGCCAAGAUCAUGCCCAUGCAGCAUGCGCCAAAGUACGAGCCACCACGUUACACCUGUCCCAACUCCGUGUUGUCAAUGCAGCAGCAGCAACAGCAGCAGCAGCAGCAGCAGCAACAACAACACCAACUACAGCAGCAACAGCAACUGCAGCAACAACAACAGUCGGAUCGCCAAUAUGCGCUCUAUUCGCAGCAACCACCGCUGCCGCAGCUGCCACCGAAGCCGGCAUUGAGAAGCUACUUGAAGCCGCUGCCCAAGCUGCCAAACGAUAUGGAGGAGAGUCGCGAGAUGUCAUCGACCGAUGAUCUCAGCUCACGGCCGCACUCGCCCUCGAUGAGCAGCUCGGAUGAGAGCUACUCGAAGACCACCGAGGGUGAGGGCGAGGGCGACGAGGACUCGCCGCGCAUCAAUGGCGGCCAUCUGCAGCGCAACGGCAUCGGAUUGGGCAUCGGCUACAAUGUGGGCCGCGUCAAUCCGCUGCAAUGGCUCUAUCCCUGCGAUAUACAAGUGGAUCCCACAUCGCCCGUUGUGGACAUGACGCAGCUGCGCGACUUCGAGCUCAGCUUGACGACCGAAAGCCAGGGCCAGCUGACCACCAGCAACACGACGAGCAACACGCAGCCCAAAGGCGACAGCUGCAACAGCUUUGACUACCAGAAGAAGGCGGGCGUGGGCAUGGGCGCGGCGGUGUCGCUGUCUGCUGCGGGUGCAGCGGGCAAUGCUGCAGCGACAGCCACCAAGUCGCCCUUUGAGAGGGAACUGCAAAGACUGCUCAACGAAUCGACGCGAGCGCGUUGCCUGGCCGCAGUCUCGGCCUCGACGGCGGCAACGAUCAAUACCGAUCAAACCACCAGCAAUUGCAGUGGUCGCCCCACUGGCGAUCUGAGCUACUCGGCGAGCAACAGUAAGCUGAGCUCCAUCAAUGGGCAUGCGCAGGGCCAGAGCCAGGGCCAGGGAAUGACCGAAGGCGGAUCGAGCAGCAAUGGGAAUCUCAGCGGUGGCAGCAACUCGAAUAGCGGCAACAACAACUACCACAAGGAGCUGCAACAGGAUCAGGAACUGAUCGCCAUGGCGAUGCAGGCGAACGGCAAGCUGCCCAUGAGCAGCAGCUUCAUGAUUUCGAAGCAUCCCGUCGGCCUUGAGGCCAUCAAGGAAAUAACGCGCCACAAGAACCCCUCCGAGUCCAGUCAAAUGCAAACCUCGGACACGGAAUCCUGCGAGAUAUUGCACGAGACUCGCAGUCAGAUGCAAGCGCUGGCCAUGCUCGAGCUGCAUGCGGCCAAGGAGCAGCUGCAGCAACAGCAGCACCAGCAGCACCAGCAGCAGCAACAACAGCAACAGAGAUCGUACCGACAGCGCCCGCGCUCCAAGGAACUACAGAACAGCUACGAGAGUCUCGACCGGCUGGAUGGCUCGAUGCAGCAGCAGCAGCAGCAACAAUCGCAGCGACAACGGCAUCACCAUCACCAUCACCACCAUCAGCAGCGACAGCAACAGCAGCGCUCCAAUCAUGUGGAGCAGGAGGAACGCGAUGAUACGGAGGACAACCUGGCUGAUGAGGAGUUCGAGGAUGAUGAGGUUGGGCGUGAUGUGCGACAGAAGCGCCUGUUGCAGAGCGAGCACAAUAAGUUAAAGAACGACAAGCAGCAGCAGCAACAGCAGCAGGCGCACAACAACGAACUGGAGCAGCAGCAACAGGAAGAGCUGGAACAGGAACAGCUAAGUGGGGAGACAGCGCCGCUGACCAAUGGCAGCCUGCGCUCGGAGCAGAAUGUGAUAAACGAUGAGUUGAAAUAUGGUGCGGCGCAUCAUAACCACCAGUCCAUGGACUCCAAUCCACUUGAGAGCCAGUCGGAAUGGUCGGACGAUGAUUGUCGCGAAGAGGCCACAGGUGGCGCGGAGUCAACAGGCUAUAUAACGGAUGAGCCUGGCCUGGAGAAUAUUUCGCUGUUGAACGAGGCAGGCCUGACCGAUGCCGAGGGCGCUCUGUCGGACGUCAACUCGCUGUAUAAUGCGCCCGAUGUGGAUGACACCUCGGUGUCGAGUCGGGCCAGCUCGCGCCUGCUCAGCCUGGACUCGCUCAGCGGUCUUUACGAUUGUGAUUUGGAUUCCAAGCAUGAGCUGGCUAUUGUCAAUGCCUCGCACAAGAUAACUAGCAAGUUUGGACCACCGCCAUCGCCGGCACAACAACAGCAGCCAUCAGCAGCUGCCGCUACAGCAGCAGCAGGAGGAGGAGCAGGAGCUGGAACUGGAACAUCAGUGGCUGCAGUGACACAGGCUGCAGUACAGUCGCCGGAGCAGCAGCAACAAAGUUAAAGGGAUUUGUACUUAAGAUGCAAAGGAUGAAUGAAAUUAAUGAGCACACAAUGAGGAAACCAGAAAGCGAACACUCAAAACGUUGUUAAUGCUAUAUGCAAAUGGUGUCUAUUAAUUUACAAUACUAUAACUACCAUGUUAGUUACUAGGGAUAUACACUAUUUAAAGAUAUAUAUAUAUAUAUAUAUAUAUAUAUAUAUAUAUAUAUAUAUAUAUAUACAUGUAUUGUACAGGAUGGAAAACAGAAGCGAGAUACUUUGCGUUCGUACAAGUUCUCAUUGGUUGCUUUCCAUUUCUUACUUAUACUUAUGAUAACUAACGGCACUCUCUUUAUAUAUGUAAGAUUGUAUGUUUACUUUUUUUUAACCCUCGUGGUCUAUGUUUAGGUAUUAUAUACAUAGUAUAUACAAAAACAAAACAAAUAUAUAUAUAUAUAUAAAUAUAGUCAUUGGUUAUAUUACGUGAAUUGGCCCAGUUAAACGUUCCAGUUAAAGCCCACAAAAAGUAAAAGUCAAAGUCAAAGUAAUUACGAUUGAAAUUCUAUAAACUUAUCUAUACGGAUAUUAUAUAUGCUUCACAGUAUAUAGGCAAAAUCAUCACAAUUAUUAUUAAAAACGAUUUGUGGAUAUUUCAUUUGUGCGCUUAGCCCCUAUAAGAUAUAAUUUGCUCAUUUGUUAUGCUACACUAAAUAAGUACAUUAUACUGCAUCAAUUGAUAUACAUAUGUUUAACUACCUGUAUGCCUAUAUUAUUUAAUAAUCGAAUAGUUACAACUACAACAAACGCAUGACAAGUUGUAAAUAAAGCGAAAUAUAUAUGUAUAUCUAUAUAUUUUUGAUCUUGAGACGUACGACAACUUCCAAAUAAAUCCUGCACACUUCGAGGAAAGGAAAGAUCUUUUGCAAGCAGCAUGUUGAUUGUGUGUUCCAUUAGUUUAGCGAUAUUAUUGAAACUCUGCAGACUCUGUAUUAGUUUAGAUAUGUCUAACGCCAAGCGUCUUGUGCCAUUUAUCGCAGUCUACUUUUAGCUGCUUCGCUAAAGCGUUGCCUACUUUGAGGCCUGGCUCGCACACACACUUUUUUGUACAUACUCACACACACACACACAAGCAUGCAUACGAUACGUACUUAAAAUAUAAUUAUUUGAUAUGUAUAAGCGAAGUUUUUUUCAAAAAAAACAAAUAAAUAUAUUUAUAUAUAAAUAUAUACUUGUAUUUAGAGUCGAAAAGGCUUAAAGUCAAUUUUUUGUUGGCUGUUGCACAAUUCUCGAAUUUCGUUCAUGCAACGCUUUUCUCAUUUGCUAUAGAACCAUCAAAUCUGUUUAAUCUGUAGCUAUGUAUAUAAGUGCAUAUUAUCUCAAUAUACAGCAUAUAUAACCGUAUAUCAAAUGUUUUCAACUAUAAACUUUGAAUGUAUUGUAACUCAACUCACUGCUUCUAUGGGAAACUCAAAGAUAUUGUUGAUAGCUGUUUUGACAGACAACUAGAACAGAUAUUAAAAAUAAAAAACAAAAAACAAAACAAAAAAUAAAUAAAUAAAGAACAACAAACAAACAAAGAUUAGAAUACAAAAAAAGCCCAUAUUUUGUGUGUACAAUUUAUGACAACGCCAGUGAGCGCAAAUAUUAUUAUACAUAUUACGUAAUUAUGUAACAACAAAUGAAAAUUUAACCUAGAGAAGCAAAUAGCUACAAAAACAAAAAACAGCCCACAGAUCAACUUAUGCAGACCACUAAAUUAUAUAGAAUCAAAGAGAAAUUACGCAAAAAUAUAUACACAAUAAAUACCUAAUAUAUAUAUAUAUAUAUACAGAACCAUAGAGAUGCAAUAAGCUAAGAGAGAAAUAGAGACAGACAGAGACAAAAAGUAGAGAAAAGAGAUGCAACACUGGAUGCAUGAUAUUUAUUUUUCUGUACCGAUUAAUGAUAUCCAUGUAAUCUACUCAAAAAAAAAAAAAAAGAAAAAGAAGAAAAUAUAUAAAGAACAAAUAAAUUUUAAAUAUUAUAUACACGCAUAUACGAAUCCUAUGUGCGAAGAGAAACAAACAGUAAACUACUUAUAGCUGAGUACGGCAACAAUUAAAGACCCAUAAUAAAAA